GCCGCCGCUCCCCCUCCCGUCUGCUGUUGCUGUGGGUCAUCCGCAGAUGUUUGGGGUCCGGCUGUUGGGGGGGCGGUGAGAAAUGGAGAAAGGCCUCCCCUUCAUUACCUACUGAGGAGGGAGUGUUGAAGAUGUUUUUAAAAUGAAGAAGUUUAAUUUUCGAAAAGUUUUGGAUGGCUUAACUGCCUCCUCCCCUGGCAGUGGUAGCAGCAGUGGCAGUAACAGCGGCGGUGGGGCUGGAAGUGGUUCCGUACAUCCAGGAGGGACUGCAGGGGUUCUCAAAGAGGAGAUUCAGGAAACCCUGACUUCAGAGUAUUUCCAGAUUUGCAAGACAGUUCGGCAUGGUUUUCCUUAUCAGCCCACAGCAUUAGCUUUUGACCCAGUUCAGAAAAUCUUGGCUAUUGGGACAAGAACAGGUGCUAUACGAAUACUUGGGAGACCUGGCGUUGAUUGUUAUUGCCAACACGAAAGUGGUGCAGCUGUCCUGCAGCUCCAGUUCUUGAUCAAUGAGAUCUAUGGUGAUGAAAAGCCUCCUAAAGACAAAGGUGCCUUGGUUAGUGCGAGUUCAGAUGAUACACUUCAUUUGUGGAACCUUAGACAAAAAAGGCCUGCUAUUCUUCAUUCUCUUAAAUUUAACCGAGAACGAAUUACUUACUGUCAUCUACCUUUCCAGAGUAAAUGGCUCUAUGUUGGAACAGAAAGAGGAAAUACACAUAUUGUAAAUAUUGAAUCUUUCAUACUUUCUGGAUAUGUUAUCAUGUGGAACAAGGCGAUUGAGCUAUCCACAAAGACUCAUCCAGGUCCAGUUGUACAUUUAAGUGAUAGCCCAAGAGAUGAAGGGAAACUGCUGAUAGGUUAUGAAAAUGGUACUGUAGUAUUCUGGGACUUGAAAUCUAAAAGAGCAGAACUGAGAGUUUAUUAUGAUGAGGCUAUUCAUUCAAUUGAUUGGCAUCAUGAGGGCAAACAAUUCAUGUGCAGCCAUUCAGAUGGUAGCUUGACUUUAUGGAACCUGAAAAGCCCAAGUCGUCCUUUCCAGACUACAAUUCCACAUGGAAAAAGUCAAAGAGAAGGAAGAAAAUCUGAAUCUUGUAAACCAAUUCUUAAAGUAGAAUACAAGACCUGUAGAAGCAGUGAACCAUUUAUAAUAUUUUCUGGUGGACUGUCCUAUGACAAAGCUUGCAGAAGACCAAGUUUAACCAUCAUGCAUGGAAAAGCAAUUACAGUGCUUGAAAUGGAUCAUCCUAUUGUUGAAUUUCUUACUUUAUGUGAAACACCAUAUCCAAAUGAAUUUCAAGAACCUUAUGCUGUUGUAGUACUUCUGGAGAAAGAUCUCAUUGUAGUUGAUCUGACACAAAGCAAUUUCCCAAUCUUUGAAAAUCCGUAUCCCAUGGACAUUCAUGAAUCACCAGUUACAUGCACAGCAUACUUUGCUGAUUGCCCACCAGAUCUGAUUCUAGUACUCUACUCUAUAGGAGCCAAGCAUAAAAAACAAGGAUACAGUAAUAAGGAGUGGCCAAUCAGUGGAGGAGCUUGGAACCUUGGAACACAAACAUAUCCAGAAAUUAUUAUUACUGGUCAUGCAGAUGGAUCAGUAAAGUUUUGGGAUGCUUCUGCAAUGACUCUGCAGAUGCUGUAUAAGCUAAAAACUUCAAAAGUGUUUGAAAAACAGAAGGUAGGAGAAGGAAAACCAACAUGUGAAAUUGUAGAAGAAGAUCCAUAUGCAAUUCAGAUGAUUUACUGGUGUCCAGAGAGCAGAAUAUUCUGUGUAUCAGGAGUCUCUGCAUAUGUCAUAAUUUAUAAAUUCAGCAGACAUGAAAUUACAACAGAAAUAGUGUCAUUAGAGGUACGACUUCAGUAUGAUAUUGAAGAUAUUAUUACCCCAGAACCAGAAACAAGUCCUCCGUUUCCAGAUCUGUCAUCCCAGCUUCCAUCAAGGAGUCUUUCUGGAAGUACUAACACUGUGACUAGUGAAGGAGGAACAAAGGACAGUAUCCCAUGCCUCAAUGUUAAGACACGACCAGUGCGGAUGCCUCCAGGAUAUCAAGCAGAACUUGUUAUUCAGUUGGUGUGGGUGGAUGGUGAGCCUCCCCAACAGAUUACUAGUCUUGCUGUAAGCUCAGCAUAUGGAAUAGUUGCAUUUGGGAACUGCAAUGGGUUGGCUGUGGUGGAUUUUAUACAGAAGACAGUACUGUUAAGCAUGGGGACCAUUGACCUAUAUAGAUCAAGUGACCUAUACCAACGUCAACCACGGUCUCCUCGAAAAAACAAGCAGUUCAUUGCAGACAACUUUUGCAUGCGUGGCCUGUCUAACUUUUACCCUGAUUUAACGAAACGGAUCCGUACUUCCUAUCAGAGUUUAACUGAGCUAAAUGACAGUCCAGUUCCCCUGGAACUUGAGCGCUGCAAGUCUCCCACUUCAGGACUUGCUACCAGAACUCCUGAGGCAGCACCAGGCUUUUAUAGGAAUGAAAUACCAGCUGUGAAACAGAGGAAUCAAGUACAUCACUUGCCAGAUCAUGUAAAUGGACACUGCACAAGUCCAACCUCUCAGAGUUGCGGUUCUGGAAAACGUCUGUCUAGUGCUGAUGUUUCAAAAGUAAAUCGCUGGGGUCCUGGAAGACCACCUUUUCGGAAAGCACAAUCAGCUGCCUGCAUGGAAAUUUCUUUGCCAGUCACAACAGAAGAAAGCCGAGAGAAUUCCUAUAAUCGUUCUAGAAGCUCAAGCAUCUCCAGUAUUGACAAAGAUUCUAAAGAAGCAAUUACGGCACUAUACUUCAUGGAGUCUUUUGCUCGGAAAAAUGACUCUGCAGUCUCCCCUUGUUUGUUUGUUGGAACUAGUCUGGGGAUGGUGUUAACCAUCUCCCUGAACCUACCUUCAGCAGAUGAACAAAGAUUUACAGAACCAGUCAUGGUAUUUCCAAGUGGUACGUUCCUCUCACUGAAAGGAGCUGUGCUAACAUUCUCCUGUAUGGACCGAACUGGCGGAUUAAUGCAACCGCCAUAUGAAGUUUGGAGGGAUCCAAACAACAUAGAUGAAAAUGAAAAAUCUUGGAGAAGAAAACUGGUCAUGAACUGCCCCUCUCCAUCCCAAGAAAUAGGAGAUCAUCAGUAUACAGUAAUCUGCUCAGAAAAACAAGCCAAAGUCUUCUCACUGCCUUCUCAGACUUGUCUUUAUGUGCAUAACAUCACCGAGACAUCUUUUAUACUGCAAGCAGACGUGGUGGUCAUGUGUAACAGCGCCUGCUUGGCAUGCUUUUGUGCCAAUGGGCAUAUCAUGAUAAUGAGCCUACCUAGUCUUCGCCCAAUGUUGGAUGUUAAUUAUUUGCCACUGACAGACAUGAGGAUAGCACGGACAUUUUGUUUUACCAACGAAGGUCAGGCAUUAUACCUCGUCUCUCCUACUGAAAUUCAGCGGUUAACAUACAGCCAAGAGAUGUGUGAUAAUCUACAGGACAUGCUAGGAGAUUUGUUUAUUCCCAUAGAGACACCAGAAGCUCAAAAUAGAGGCUUUCUCAAGGGACUGUUUGGUGGAAGUGGACAAACAUUUGACAGAGAAGAGCUCUUUGGGGAAGCUUCAGCAGGAAAAGCAUCGCGCAGCCUUGCACAGCACAUUCCAGGCCCAGGUGGUAUAGAAGGGAUGAAAGGUGCAGCCGGAGGGGUGAUGGGAGAGCUGACUCGUGCCCGGAUCGCACUUGAUGAGAGAGGACAGAGGCUAGGAGAGCUGGAGGAGAAAACUGCCGGCAUGAUGACCAGUGCGGAAGCAUUUUCCAAACAUGCACACGAGCUAAUGCUGAAAUAUAAGGAUAAGAAAUGGUACCAAUUCUAAACUUCUAAAGAAGCUGUUGACUGCUUUGAGAAACCUUUAUUCAGGGAAACCAAAUUUAUUCCCAGCAUCACUAUUCAACUUGCUAGAAGCCAGUUUCUUCUACAAAAUGUUUCCAUUCAGUCCAUCUGAAGUUAUCAUAAGGGAAAUUUAUUAGAGACACUGUACAACCCAAAGCUGGAACACUGGUAAAAAUCCCAAGACACGGCUGAAUUUGUCUUUUCCCAGCGUGGAAUGGAGCUAUCAUCUUGGCAUGUCAUUUGCUAAGGAUUUACAUUUAGGAACUACGGGGAGUCCUUCUGAUUUGAAAAAAAUCCUGUACAAACAAAAGCAUUAAUGCACUUAAUGAAAAAAAAAAUCUUUGCAUGAUAAAUUAACAUCUUAAGAGGAAAAGAAAAAAAAACAAGCAUGUUGUGA